CUCUUUCCAUUCCGCCACCUCAGCCAGACCCUUGCAUGGUGCAGCAGCCUUUCACAGAGCUUUUCCUUUAACGCCCUUUAUAAAAGUAUUCUGGUUCAGGGCUUGUUGCGUUCCUAGCUGAGAGCACCGAGUGACCUAACAAAUACGCUACAUGCACCUCUAAGAUGAAGUUCUCACAGCAUGAAAUUAGGCUUCCUGCUAUGAAGCGAGGUUGCCACUUAAUAACGGAUAAGAUCCUCAAGGAGAUCGGCGGCUCGCUAUCAGGCUACAAAGUAGGCCUCGCAAACAUAUUUAUCCAGCACACGAGCGCCUCACUCACCAUCAACGAAAACGCGGAUCCGGACGUGCGACGAGACAUGGAGACAUUCCUCAACCUGGUUGUGCCCGAGGGCUCCCGUGCCCCCUGGGUGCACACCUGCGAGGGCCCCGAUGACAUGCCGGCGCACGUCAAGACCUCGCUGCUGGGCCCCUCGCUCACCGUGCCCAUCACCGGUGGGAGACUCAACCUGGGAACGUGGCAGGGCAUAUGGCUGUGCGAGCACCGGGACCACGCGUCCGGGCGCCACGUCAUCGUGACGCUGCAGGGGGAGUAGCGGAGCAUGCAGGGAUGAGGGGAGUAGCAUGCAGGGAGAGGGAAGCGGAAGAGUGCGGAACAGGAGCGGGUAGAGGCAGGGGUCGGAGCAGAAGGAGGAGGGGUGAAAGGGUAUGCGCCGCGCCUCCGAUGGGAUUGAGAGCGAUGAGCGGCUGGUGAGCGAUUGUCUGCGGUUGGAUUGGCCCCUUUGCAUUCGCCAUGCGGAUAUGCAGGAGGACAGGAAAAGGCAUGAGGCGCUGGAAGGUGGUGGUGAUGGGGAUGUCGUAACCGGUUGCUGUAACGCCCAUUAUAGGCAUUGCUAUAAGAACACUGCUGGGGACGUAUAGCUCAAACUAGCAAUGUUUCCGCUUCGCCACGUCAACAUCUUGUGUUGGGUGCUCUUUCAGUGAGAAGCUAGGCGAGCUUGGUUAGGUACGUAUCUUGUUCUAUCCCAUGCCAGGAAACGCUCCGAGGCCAUAGCAUUGCCGACCCUGGCUGAGCAUGCUUUGUCGCACAUGCUCGAGGGCUGCACAGGGCUGCCCAUGCCCCUUCCUUAACCCUUCCCAUGUUGUGAAGUGGUGUGUUGAGCCCUGAGCACGGGCCAACCUGGCUGAGCACGCUUUGUCGUACGACACAUGCUCGGUGGCACCGUGCAUAUGCAUGGCGCCGGGUCGAUGUGCAUGUCCUGACAUGCUGUUGACGAAAGUGCAGAUUAAAUUGUUGACGGGGGGUUGAUUCCUCCGAAUGCUUCUAGGUGGGUUCCUGUCCAUUGACGUAAAGCCGCCGUGCAACGUAGCGGGUUAGGUCAUGUCUUAUUAGGUUGUACCGCAUUCGUCAGCAGCGUACGGUAAGGAGAACAUACCUCAAAUCUGCUGUUUGAAUCAUAGCGUCGUGAGGUGAUAUCGGAGGCAGGACGUGGAAUACCGCU